AUGUCCCUGCCAGCGCUGCCAUCGGGCGCGCAGUACGGCGUAUCGGCUAUCACGCUAGAGAUCCCGCUCGCCUCACCCAUCGUCCAAGAUUCCCCCACCCCAUACACUUACCAAGAAGGCGGUGCGACCAAGGCGAUUCUCACCACGGACACGACGCUCGUGACCAUCUACUACCCGACCUCCAAGACCAGCGUCGAUGCUGGAUCGCUCGACUGGCUAGAGGCGCCCAAGCUGCGCUCCAUCGGCGGCCUGCUCAAGUACGCCGGCAUCUCCAAGUACCUUGCUCUGCCCAUCAUCCUUCCUGCCUACGGUGUCAUCUCGCAGAAGCUGGCCACCGCCGUGGACGCUCCACUCGCAGAAUUGCCAACCGAUGGAUUCCCGGUGGCAGUGUUCAGCCAUGGCAUGGGUGGGACCAGGACGACCUACUCGGCGUACCUCACCUCGCUCGCCGCCUCGGGCAUUAUCGUUGCCGCCAUCGAGCAUCGCGAUGGCUCCGCUUCGUCCACUACGAUCCAUCAUCCGCUCAAAGAGGGCUCGAGCUCCGGUGGCCUUUUCAAGUGGUUCUCCGGACCCUCUGGUGUGGAGAACAAGCUCUACAUCCGACCUACCGAGGUGGACGGCAAGCCGGAUCCGCUCGAGUUUCGACGUGCGCAGGUUGAGUUUCGACGUCGCGAAGUUCUCUCCGCUCUGUCCAUCGUCGCCGACAUCAACGCCGGCAAGGGGGCUUCGCUCGUCGACUCGUGUACUCGCUCCUCUCGCGAUGAAGCAAAGCUGCGCUCGCGCCGGUCCGAGGCCCUCGCCGGCUUUGCUGGCAAGCUUCAGAUGAAUGAUCCCUGGAUGAUCGGACACAGCUUUGGCGGGUCGACCGCCAUCCAAGCUCUCCGUCAUACCGACUGUCCCUUCGGCCAGGCGCUCGUGCUCGACCCCUGGGUCGAACCUGUCCCCAUCACCGGCGCCGACGUUGUGCCCGUCAGCAAGCCGCUGUACACCAUCAACAGCGAGGACUUCACACAGUGGAAGUCGCACAUGGACGAUGUCACCACCAUCGCCCGCGAAUCGAGCGCCAGCACGGGCGGUAAAGGCUGGCUCGUCACCAUCGGCGCGGAGGGAACGGAGAAAUCGGAUCCCACUGCGACAAGCGGGUCCGUGUGUCCACCAUCGAGACUGGUGAUCGUGCACGACAUGUUCGGCACACUGUUUGGUCUCGAUGCGUGCAUCGACGCGCUCAAGGGCCUGUUCAAGGACCAGCUGGAGGCGGAGGGUGUGCCAAAGAUCGUGCCCGAGCUGGUGAUCAUGGACUGGUUCCACGGCACACAGCGUGAUUUCACGUAUUCGAGCGUGUGCGGGCAGUACAAGCCGAUUGGCGAAGUCUUCAAGGGUACACUGCCGCGAGUUCUCCUUCAGGCGGGUAUCCUGCCGAAAAAGGACGGAAAGGGCACGGCGCUCACCCAAGGCGGGUCGUUUGCAGACGAUGGACCGGCAGAAGAGGCACUGGAGAACCCGUUCGGUCCGGAAGUGGUGCAAACCAUGAUGGGUGCGUUGGGCAAGCUUCGACCGCGACCAGGGAUGGUCGAUGCGCUGACCAAGAUCUAUCGCGAUCGGGAUGGCAAAGGUCGCCUGCCCGCGGGAGUAGACAAGGUUGAUGUGUGGGCGGCCACCAACGGGUCACUCCAGCUCGGUCGAUCCUCUUUCCUUCGAGCGCUCGGCGAGAGCGAUGGCGCAGACAUCGACAGUGACGCGGCCCGGAACGGUCGGUCCGAGGCGCACAACGCCAUUGGUUCCGGCAUCGGCUUGUUCAGCUGCGACGAGAUUGGUGCGGCCAAACCGGACCCGAGGGUGUACGCCGAGGUGCUGCGUCGCAUAAAGGCGGAGCCGCUCGAUGCAGAAGCGGCGAAGAAGGAGUAUCAGGGCAUCUGGUUCGUCGCCUCACACACGUGGGAUACAUUUGCCGCCAAGCAGGCUGGGUUCAGGACGGCGUGGGUGACGUACGAGGAAUUCUACAGCUGCCCCUCGGUGUACGGCACGCCGGAUGUGGUGGGCAGGAACCUCGAGGAGGUCAGCGAGAAGAUCCUUGCAUUCGAGCGAGACCUCGCCGCUAAGGCGACACCGGUCAAAGGGUGGACGUACCACAAGGCCAACCAGGAACAGCAGAACGUCGCCAGUCAGCACACAUCGUUCAGCGAUUUCCCCUUCUUAUUGCCUAGCAUGAGCAAGUUCGUUGGCAGCGUCGGAUCGCAGUCGAUCCUCGAGGUCAAUUGCGACAUCACCAGACGGCUCAUUCUGGACAACAAAAGGGAGGAGUCGGACGGCGUGUUCGCAGGUCUCAAGGGCGAAAAGGACGGACAAGCAUGGCGCGUUUGGAAGGAAGGCAAGGCUCAACCCAAGGAGCUGGACGCAAAGGCGAGUGGAAGUGACGGGAAUCGUCUGGGAAGACUCAUCGUUCACGCACUCUAG